AUGACGUCCAACACAAGGCACGCCGAAGUAAGUGAGCAGCAGUGGGCCUUCCCCGGGAUCGAGGACCUCGGAGACAAAAGGCCUAUUCGCCAUGAGCAGCUCUUCAGUGCCCAGCAGUGCCACUGGGGAGGCACUAUCUUAUGGGGGGUAGAAUCAAAGCCAGCACUGGCUUCACCAAUGAUCAACAAUAAGCCAUUUACUGUGAUUUGGAAUGCACCUACUGAAAACUGUAAAGCUAAAUAUGAUGUUGAUUCGGAUCUAAGUCCCUUUGAUGUUGUUGAAAACAAAAAUGAGAUCUUUAUGGGGAAUAAGAUUACCAUAUUCUACAAGGACAAAUUGGGGCUCUACCCAUACUAUACCCAAGAGGGGACCCCAGUGAAUGGUGGUCUUGUGCAGAACGCCAGUCUACCCAGGCACCUCGAAGUAGCAAAAGAAGACAUUGACAAUUUAGUGGAUCAAGACUUCAGUGGUCUUGCAGUGGUAGGUUGGGAAGAAUGGCGACCACUUUGGGUCCGCAACUGGGGCUCUAUGGAUAUCUACAGGAAAAAAUCUAACGAACUAGAAAAAAGCAAAGACCCCAGUUUACCUGAUAGUGAGAUUCUCCAGAUUGCCAAAAAGAAAUUUCAAACAGCUGCAGAGAAUUUUAUGAGGCAAACACUAAAAGUAGGACAGACUCUGAGACCAAAGGGCUGCUGGGGCUUUUAUAAAUUUCCAGAAUGCUAUAAUUACAUAAAGGACAACACACAAAGCGAUUACACAGGCCAAUGCCCUGAGGAAGUUAUCCCUAGAAAUAACCAGCUGGCAUGGCUCUGGAAGGCAUCACAGUGCCUGUAUCCCAAUAUCUACAUCCCUCAGAGAGUCGAAGACUCAACUCAAGUUCAAAAGUUUGUUCACUACAGGGUUAAGGAGGCUCUCCGUGUUGCUGCCCUUGGUCGAUCCAGUGAAGCCCUGCCCGUUUUGGUUUAUGCCAGAUAUUCGUACAUAAAAACACUCGACUUCCUUUCUGAGAUUGACUUGGUACAUACCAUUGGAGAGAGUGCAGCCAUCGGGGCCUCUGGAGUGGUUCUAUGGGGGAAUAUGGACUUUGCACACACCAGGCAAACCUGUAUGGAUCUGAAGAAUUACAUUGACAAGCAGCUUGGAACAUAUGUUCUAAACAUUACUAGAGCUACGAUGUUAUGCAGCAAGGUUUUGUGUAAUGGCAACGGACGAUGUGUGCGGAAGGACCCUGAAUCCAGAGCUUAUCUACAUAUUGAUCCCAAAUUCAAUAAUGUUAUCUCUGAUCUUAUUUCUACUGGCUCUGUACAGCCCCAUGAAGAAUUCCAUUCUGAAGCUCUGAACAGCAUGAAAGAGCAGUUUAAAUGCCAGUGCUACAAGGGAGGGAUGGGGCCCAAUUGUGAGGCUGAAUCAAAUUUUUAG